UGAACUGAUUCUAACCGCCUGGCAGUCAUUUCAAGCAAGUGUCAGUUGAAUGAAAUUCACUGCUGUGCUGGUAAUCGUGUGAAUUUAACUGAAAACGCGCAUUUGAACAGGCCGCGCAGAGCAAAACGUGCUGCAGGAACGAGUCGUUUCAAGUAAAGAGUUGGGGCAGUUUUAGAGUUGCUCAGAAAACACAUAUUGGGGUCAAUAUUUACAAAAGCAGGUUAGUGAUUAACUGUCUGUGUAGCAGCAGCUGCACAGAGUCCCAGACAAACUGAUCUCACAGAACACAGGGAGCGAGCAGCUCGGUAACUCUGUCGGCUUCACAAUGCUGUGCGUCCGGGCCUGGAGAGGUCUGAGUCCCCUGCGCAGAGGAGGUCCCUUGUCAGCAUGGAAACGAACCCAGAGCUACACAGUAGCUGCGAGGUUGGACCUCAGUGGGAUUUAUCCUCCCAUUGCCACUCCGUUUACCGCCAAAGAGGACGUAGACUACCAGAAACUGGCGGAAAACCUGCAGAAAUAUGCCGAGAUACCUUUCAAAGGCCUAGUGGUUCAGGGCUCCAAUGGUGAGUAUCCAUACCUGACAGAGGAAGAACGGGUGGAGGUGGUGAAGACAGUCAGACGAUCGCUGCCGGCAGACAAACUGCUGAUGGCCGGAUCAGGCUGUGAAUCUACAAGAGCCACAGUCCAGCUCACAGAGAAGAUGGCGGCAGCCGGAGCCGACGCCGUCCUCGUGGUAACGCCCUGCUUCUACAAGGGCAAGAUGGACAGCCGAGCUCUGAUCCAGCACUUCACAAAGGUGGCGGACAGCAGUCCUGUGCCGGUAGUUCUGUACAGCGUACCGGCCAACACAGGUCUGGAGCUGCCGCUGGACGCUGUGAUGCAGUUGUCUCAGCACCCAAACAUCCUGGGCCUUAAAGACAGUGGAGGAGAUAUCUCACGGAUCGGCCUGAUUGUGCACAAAACCAAAACGCAGGAUUUCCAGAUGUUGGCGGGCUCAGCAGGGUUUCUCAUGGCCGCUUAUAGUGUCGGUGCUGUUGGCGGAGUGUGUGCGCUGGCUAACGUGCUUGGCCGAGAGCUGUGUGAGUUGGAGCGUCUGUGUGUGUCCGGUCACUGGGAGGAAGCCAGAGUCCUACAGCAGCGCCUCAUCGAGCCCAACGCCGCUGUGACCAGGAAGUUGGGAGUUCCCGCCCUCAAGCAGGCGAUGGAGUGGUUUGGUUACCACGGAGGUGCCUGUCGAUCACCUCUUCAGCCGCUCACAGAGGCAGAGACUCAGCAGCUGAGGCGGGACUUCUCCUCCAACGGCUGGCUGUGAGGUGACCCGGGCAGAGUGUAUGUGUGUGUUCAGUUGUGUUCAGUCAGUGUGAUAGGACACGGGGAGGGGGGGCACACCAAGAAAAUAUCAAAAACUUUUAUCAAGUAAUUGUGCAGGCAUUACCUUUUUUCAUUUUCUGUUUCCUGUGUUUGACAACUCUACAGGCGGUGAUUUUUACCUGACUCACCUGUUUAAAUUAUACCAAAUCUUAAAGUUGUGCAUAAUUAAGGACGGGUCGCUUUGAGUGGAAAGUGGGUGCCCUCUCUGGUGGCUAGCAGCUAGAUGGUUCAGCAACCAGGCUUCAUUCGACCCACCUCUUUGCCCAGUUUUUGAUUAGCCAGACUCAGGCACUGCCAAGAUGGCAACGGUGGAGCCGCCUGGAGCUUCACAGUGGCUCUUCAGAAACCUAUAGGUGACGUCACGGAAACAACGUCCAUGUUUUAUACAGUCACAACACAUCCAUAUAUGUCGUAUUAGACUGGGUAUUAAUUGCUAAUGAAAAAACAUGAUAGAAAACUAUAGAUUCUGAAAAACAACUUCCCUGCCCACUCCUCAUGUUGUUAUUAAAGAAAUUACACUAAAAUAAAUCAGCAUCAUACAAUCAAGUUGCUUCUCUGCUGCACCUCAGUACAAAAAUUCAGUAAACUCUAAAGUUACAGAAAUAUUAUGACAGAAAUGUUGAAUGUGCACUUGUUUUGACAAUAAAACAUGCAUUUCACUUAAA